AUAAUGAAGGUUGGGGUUUAGAGAUUCCGAAGCUUCGAGUGUAAUUCACUAGUGGUAAACGUGGUCAGAUGGAGGCUAACCUACGAAACUUGGAAAAAAUUAAUUUUAGUUUUACUCAGUUAGCUCAGUUACGAAGUAGAAUUAAUUCAUGAGAAAUAAAUUUAUUAACUCAGCAACGUGAGAGAAAUAUAAAGAAUAAAAAAUGAAUUUCCAAUCUGAAUAAUUACUUGAAAUAUUAAACAGUCGCCGAAAAAAACUAGUGUCGAUGAAAAAGACUUGCGAGUUCUAUAGUUUUGUUAAAUUCAAGAUAUUUAAAAAGUUGACUAAGACAUAUGUUAUGUGUUAGUCAGGUUAUGAUUAUUCAUAUUUUUUGAGGACAACACGUAAAAAAAUGUUAUUGAAAAUUUACAAAAAGAUUUUUUUUACUAUUUCUUAGUAAAAAAUUUGGUGUGCAUUUUAGAAUAAACUCGUGAAAAUUUAUAAUGUUUUUUGUUUCGGAAAAACUGUAGACCGCACAUGUGAACUGAAUAAUUAUAUAAAAUAAUCACAUAUUACUGUCUGGCAGGCAGUUUGGAAAAGGAAGCGAAUUUCGAGCACCCGCUGUCCCGGCUGCGUUUCAAUCGAACUCACUGCGAAAAAACACAAAAACAAUAUGGAUACUCAUGCAUUCAUCAGUCGUGAAAGUGAGAAAUCAUUUCGCGAUGCUAUAGAUAAAGACGACAUAACACGAGUCAAAAAUCUCGUAAAGAAUGGGGUUGAUGUAAGCGGCAUUUUUGAAUGUGGAACUACACCAUUAAUUCUAGCUAUAGAACAAAACAGAAAUGAGAUUGCUAAAUAUUUGAUAGAUGAAGGCGCCAAUCUUAACAUCGUUUAUGACCGUAAAACCCCCCUGAUUCUGGUUGUUGAAAAUCAUAAAGACGAAAUGUUUAAUCAUUUAUUAAAAUCAUCAAAAACGUCUAAAAGAAAUUUGCCCACGGACUUUUGUAAGAAAAGAAAGGAAAUACUCGAAUAUCUGAUCGAUAAGGGCGCUGAUGUGAAUGUUUUUCAUGAAAAUAAAUCGCUAUUACAUUUGGCUAUUGAUCAGAGUGAGGAUGAAAUAGUUCAAUGUCUAAUAGAUAAAGGUGCUGACGUAAAUGUUGUUUGUGAAGAUAAGACACCUUUAUUUCUGGCGAUUGAAAAAAGUAAAGAUGAAAUUGCUACAUAUCUGGUAGAAAGAGGUGCUGAAGUAAACGUUAUUUGUGAAGAUAAAACGCCCCUGAUUCUAGCUAUUAAUAAUCACAAAAAUGGAAUAGCUAAAUAUCUUAUUGAUAGCGGUGCUGAUGUUAAUGUUGUAUGUGAAAAUAGAUCACCAUUAUAUUUAGCUAUCGUUAACGGUGAAACUGAAUUAGCUGAAUAUCUAAUAGAUCGAGAUGCGAAUGUAAAUUUUAUACCGAAAUAUUUCAAAGGGAAAAAUGACAACGAAAACAUAUUUUCAAGGAGGUUAACGCUGUUACAUCUAGCUAUUGAGAAAAAAAAUAAAGAAAUUGCCAAAUCUUUAAUAGAUGGAGGCAUUGAUAUCAAUGCUGUUUGUAACCAAAUGUCGCCCUUAUAUCGAGCUCUUAAAAAAGGUGAAACUGAUGUAGCUACAUAUUUAUUACAUAAUGGUGCCAAUGUAAAUCACGAUUGUAAAAAUGCAUCAUUAUAUCUAGCUGUUCAUCACUGUGCAACGGAAGUAGCUAAAUGUUUAAUAGAUAGAGGUGCUGACAUACAUUUUAUUUCAAAGAAAUCAACGCUACUACAUUUAGCUAUUCGUAGAGGAGACGAUGAAAUAUCAAAAUAUUUAAUAGAUAAAGGUGCUAAUUUAAAUGCUGUUUGUAAAAAUAAAUCGCCAUUACAUUUGGCUAUUAGUAAAGGUCGAACUGAAAUAGCUAAAUAUUUAAUUGAUAAAGGUGCUGAUGUCAAUCGUGUAUGUGGACGUACAUCACCGUUAUAUGAAGCUGUCUAUCACCGUGCAACGGAGUUAGCUAAAUAUUUAAUAGAUAGAGGUGCGAACAAAAAUUUUACUUUGAAGAAUUCAACACUACUACAUUCUAUUUCGUAUAAUUGUUCGAUACUAAGUUUAGCUAUUAGAACAAGAGAGGAUGAAGUAGUGAAAUAUUUAAUAGAGAAAGGUGUUGAGGUGAAAAGUGUUACAUAUAGAAGAAAUCUAUUAUGUUGGGCAAUAGUCGUAAAGAACAAUAAGUUCGCUAAACAUUUAAUAGAUAUAGGUGUUGAUGUAAAUGGUGUUUGGGGAAUCAAAGCGCCAUUAUAUGCAGCUAUUGCGUACAAUAACACGGAAUUAACUCAAUACUUAAUUAAUAAUGGAGCUGACGUCAACGGCAUUUUCAACGAAAAACGUCUUUUACAAGUAGCGCUUGAGAAAAACAACAGACAUAAUGUUGAAUAUUUACUUAUAUCUGGUUUUGAUGUUAAUAAGAAAGAUGGAAAUGAAAAUGUCGUAGCUGAUUAUUUAAAUACAUCAGAUCGAUUUUAUGUUGUUACUGAUACUGUAAAGCGACAUAUUGUGAAAUUGACUGCUGCUAAUUUUCACAUGUGUGAAAAAAAUAAGAUGGCUGUUGCUGAUAAAAAAUAUAGUUCACUACGUGAUUUAUGUGCUAAAGAAGUUGAAUUGAUGAAACAGAAUUCAUUAACGGGAUGUACACUUACGUACUAUGAGUUAUUGCAUAAGCCGCUUCAUAAAUCAGCUUUAAAACUAAAAUGUUUGUUUAAAAAUAAUCCUGAAGCAAAAUACACAUCUUUCGACUCAAAUAUUUUGUCACAGAUUACUUCUUAUAGCAAAAUUAUUCAGUACCGUUUUGACAGGGCAUUAAAAAGAGCAGAAUUAUUGGUUCAAGUUGAUGACUUCGUUGUUGAUAUUUCUCAAAAUUUAUUAUUAGAUCCAGAAGUCGUAAGAGAAGUUCUUCAAUAUCUAACAAAUAGGGACCUAAAAUUUCUUUGUAAUUCUUUUCGUAAAAGUAAAAAAUCAUUAUUCGAUGCCAUAGUUCAUAAUGACAUAAAACGCGUUAAAAAACUAGUAAAGAGUGGGAUAGAUGUAAACAUCAUUUUUGAACAUGGAACUACACCAUUAAUUCUAGCUAUAGAAGCAAGCAGAAAUGAGAUUGCUAAAUAUUUAAUAGAUAGUGGAGCUGACGUAAAUGCUGUUUAUAAAAAUAAAUCACCACUAUGUCAAGCUAUUUAUCACCGUGCAACGGAAUUAGUUAAAUAUUUGACAGAUAGAAAUGCUGAUGUAAAUUUCAUUUCGGAGAACUCAGCACCGCUAUUACAUACAGCCAUUGAUAACCAACUAACCGAUAUAGCUAAAUAUUUAAUAGAUGGUGGUGCUGAUGUAAAUGCUGUUUGGGAAAAUAAAUCGCCAUUAUAUUUGGCUAUCGAAAAGAAUGGUACAGAAUUAGCUAAAUAUUUAAUAGACAGACAUGCCAACGUAAAUUUUAUUUCGAACAAUGUAACCCUGUUACAUUUAGCUUUUUAUAAGCGAAGGAACGAAAUAAUCAAAUAUUUAUCUGACAAAGGUGCUGAUGUAAGUCUUCAUCGUGAAAAAUAUUCUCUAUUUCAUCUAGCUCUUGCUAGCCGUGAAACUGACAUGGCUAAAUAUUUAUUGGAUAAAGGUGAUGUCAGUGCUCGUAACAAAGAAAGGCUAUUACGAAUUGCUAUUAAAUACCGGGCAUCAAAUGUAGCCAAAUAUUUAAUAGAACAAGGUGCUAAUAUGAAUCCUGUUUGGGAAAAUAAAUCACCAUUAUGUCGAGCUAUUGAUCAUCGUGCAAUGAUAUUAGAUAAAUAUUUAACAGAUAGAAAUGUUCAUGUGAAAUUAAUUUGGGAUAACUCAGCACCGCUAUUACAUGUAGCUAUUGAGAACAAGGUAACUGAUAUAGCUAAAUAUAUAAUAGAUAAUGGUGCUGAUGUAAAUGCUGUUUAUAAAAAUAAAUCACCAUUAUGUCGAGCUAUUUAUCUCCAAGCAUCGAAAUUUGAUGAAGAUUUAUUAGAUAGAAAUGUUGAUGCAAAUGUCAUUUGCGAUAAAUCAGAACCCUCGGUAUUAAACUUAGAUGUUCAUUACUCGCCAACUUAUAUAGCUGAAUAUUUAAUAGAUAAUGGUGCUGAUGUAAAUGCGAUUUGUGAUGAUGAGUCGCCACUAUAUGUAGCUAUUAAUACCGAUCAGUUUGAAAUAGCAAAAUAUUUAAUUGAUAAUGAAGCUGAUGUCAACUGCAUUAUUCACAAAAAACUACUUUUACAAAUAGCGCUCGAUAAAAAUAACAGAAAAAUUAUCAAAUACUUACUUCAAGCUGGUUUUGAUGUUAAUACGAAAGAUGGAUAUGAAAAUGUGGUUGCUGAUUAUUUCAGUACAUUUGAUCGAUUUAAUAUUGUUAAGAGACAUAUUGUUAAAUUGAUUGCUGCUAAUUUUUAUAUGUGUGAAAAAAAUAAGAUGGCUGUUGCUGAUGAAGAAUAUGAUUCAUUACGUGCUACAUGUGCUGAAGAAGUUGAAUUUAUGAAGCAGAAUUCACUAAUGGAAAGUACACUAACUUACUAUGAGUUAUUGCAUAAGCCGCUUCACAAAUCAGCUAUGAAACUGAAAUGUUUGUUUCAAAAUAAUCCUGAGGAAAAAUAUAUACCAGCCGACUCAGAAAUUUUAUCAGAAAUUCCAUGUUAUUUAACUAUUAUUCACUACCGAAUGAACAGAGCAUUAAAAAGAGCUGAAUUAUUGGUUAAAGCUGAUGACUUCAUUAUUGAUAUUUCUCAAGAUUUAUUAUUAGAUCCAGAAGUCGUAAGAGAAGUUCUUCAAUAUUUAACAAAUAGGGAACUAAAAUUAUUAUGUUAUUUGGAAAGAAUGGCAAAUUUUCAACACCGAAGGACCAGGCUGAGUUACUCCUAUAAUUACUGUGAAAAAAACGACAACAUAAGGGAUAGAAAUGUAUUUGUUGAUAGUACAAGUAUAACACCAUUAAAUGUUGCAAUAGAUGAGGACGACAUAGAACGAGUUAAAAAUCUAGUAAAUAGUGGGGUCGAUGUAAACAUAACUUUAAAAAAUGGAACUACACCGUUAGCGCUUGCGAUAAAAAAUAAUAGAAAUGAGAUUGUUAAAUAUUUGAUAGAUGAAGGUGCUAAUUUACAUGAUGUUUGUCAAAAUAAAACAUUUUUGAUUCUGGCUAUUGAAAAUCAUGGAAAUGAAAUGCUUAGAAAUUCCAUACAACAAAGAAGACUGCGUAUGAACGGAGAUUUGCUUACAGAUCUUUGUAAAAAAAGCAAGGAAAUAAUCAAAUAUCUGAUCGAUAAAGGCACUGAUGUGAAUGUUUUUUAUGAAAGUGAAUCGCCAUUAUGUCUGGCUAUUACUAAUAACAGUGAGGAUGAAAUAGUAAGACAUCUAAUAGAUAAAGGUGCUGACGUAAAUGUUGUUUGUAAAAAUGAAACACCUUUAAUUCUGGCCAUUGAAAAAAGAAAAGAUGACAUUGCUAAAUAUCUAAUAGAUAGAGGUGCUAAACUAAAUGUUGUUUGUAAAAAUGGAACACCUUUAAUUCUGGCGAUUAAAAAACAUAAAAAUGAAAUAGGUAAAUAUCUGAUUGAUAAAAGUGCUGAUGUAAAUGCUGUUUAUAAUAGUGGAUCGCCAUUAUUUUGGGCUAUACAUUACCGAGCAACUGAAUUAGCUAAAUAUCUAAUAGAUCGAAAUGCGGAUAUAAAUUUUAUACCAGAACAUUACAUAAAUGGAUAUGUCAUCUUAAAAUAUGUUCCGAGGAAGUUAUCGCUUUUACAUCUAGCUAUUGAGAAAAGAAAUAAAGAAGUAGCUAAAUAUUUAAUAGAUAGAGGCAUUGAUGUCAAUGAUACUUGCAACAAUUUAUCGCCCUUAUAUCAAGCUAUUAAUUACGGUGAAACUGAAGUAGCUAAAUAUUUAAUAGAUAGAGAUGCCGACAUAAAUUUUAUUUCGAACAAUUUUACGCCACUAUAUUUAGCUAUUAAGAAAAGAGGCGAUGAAAUAGCGAAAUAUUUGAUAGAUAAAGGUGCCGAUGUAAAUCGUAUUUGUGAAGAUAAAUCACCAUUAUUUUUGGCUAUACAUUACCGAGCCACUGAAUUAGCUAAAUAUCUAAUAGAUAGAGAUGCCGACAUAAAUUUUAUUUCAAACAAUUUAACGCUACUGCAUUUAGCUAUUCAAAGAAGAGAAGAUGAAAUAGCGAAAUAUUUAAUAGAAAAAGGUAUUGAUGUAAAUCGUAUGUAUGAAGGUAAAUCACCAUUAUAUUUAGCUAUUUUUUACCAUGCAACGAAAUUGGCUAAAUAUUUAAUAGAUACCGAUGUUCAAGUAGAUGGCAUAUGUCAAAAUAAAACACCAUUAUGUUUGGCUAUUGAACUCGGUCAACCUGACGUAGCUAGAUAUUUAAUAGAUAGAGGUGCUGAUGUAAAUCGUAUAUGUGGAGGUAAAUCACCAUUAUAUCUAGCUAUUUAUCACCAUGAGACAGAAUUAGCUAAAUAUUUAAUAAAUAGAGAGACCAACAUAAAUUUUAUUUCGAACAAUUUAACGCUACUACAUUUAGCUAUUGAAAGAAGAAACGAGAAAAUAGCGAAAUAUUUGGUAAAUAAAGGUGCCGAUGUAAAUGCUGUUUAUGAAAAUAGACCGCUAUUAUUUUGGGCUAUACAUUACCGAGCAACUGAAUUUGCUAAAUAUCUAAUAGAUAGAGAUGCUGACAUAAAUAUUAUUCCGAACAAUUUAACGCUACUACAUUUAGCUAUUGAAAGAAGAAACGUUGAAAUAGCGAAAUAUUUGGUAGAUCAUGGUGCUGAUGUGAAUGCGAUUUGUGAAGAUGAGUCGCCACUAUAUGUAGCUAUUAAUACCGAUCAGUAUGAUAUAACAAAAUAUUUAAUUGAUAAUGAAGCUGAUGUCAACUGCAUUCACAAAAAACUACUUUUACAAGUAGCGCUCGAUAAAAAUAACAGAAAAAUUAUCAAAUACUUACUUAAUGCUGGUUUUGAUGUUAAUACGAAAGAUGGACGUGGAAAUGUGGUUGCUGAUUAUUUCAAUACAUUUGAUCGGUUUACUAUUGUUGAGGGGCAUAUUGUUAAAUUGAUUGCUGCUAAUUUUUAUAUGUGUGAAAAAAAUAAGAUGGCUGUUGCUCAUAAGAAAUAUGAUUCAUAUGCAAAAGAAGUUAAAUUGAUGAAACAGAAAUCACUAAUGAAAUGUACGCUAACGUAUUAUGAUUUAUUACGUAAGCCGCUUCACAAAUCAGCUAUGAAACUGAAAUGUUUGUUUAAAAAUAAUCCUGAAGCAAAAUACACAUCUUUCGACUCAAAUAUUUUGUCACAGAUUACUUCCUAUCGCAAAAUUAUUCAGUACCGUUUUGACAGGGCAUUAAAAAGAGCAGAAUUAUUGGUUCAAGUUGAUGACUUUGUUGUUGAUAUUUCUCAUGAUUUAUUAUUAGAUCCAGAAGUCGUAAGAGAAGUUUUUCAAUAUUUAACAAAUCGGGACCUGAAAUUACUAUGUAAUUCUUUGUAAGGCGUCUUAUUUAUUCUCUAUUAUUUUAUCCCCGAUGUUUAAUUCUUAUCUUGUAUUUUAAUUUUGAUACUUAAUUUAAAAAUGAAAAUAAAAAAAAAAAAAAACUA